AAAUAUCGAAAACAUUUGUAAGGUUCACAUGUUGUAAAUAAAGUUUUUUUUUACUUCCUGAACAAACCUAUUCCUGCUUAAUAUUUUAUUACGCUUCUACAAGCAACCUAAAGGAAAAUUGCAAUGUCCGCCGCAUGUAUCAUAUGCAACAAUUCUUCGGAGAAAAGUGAGGAUUGUUUAUUGUUUCCGUUUCCUGAUAAAGACGAGUCUCCAGUAUUGUAUCAGAAAUAUCUUACGGUGUGCGGCCUACAGGAAGAAUCUCUCCCCAAUGGGAAGGACAGCUCGGAGCUGUUUAUUUGCUUGAUGCAUUUUGAAUCGCAGUGCUUCGUAGAUACUCCGACCGGACUCACACUCAGAGCAGGGUCUAUGCCAUGCCUGAGUAUGGAGCGAAUCGAAAUAGAAGCAUACGUUGAUGAAGAUUUUCAGAUUCUUGAUGAGUACAUGCCACUAUUUAACAUCAAGCAGACGAAGGUUGAUCCAGACUUAACCGUAGAUUUAACAUCAAAUGAUAAAAACGAUGACGAGACUAAUCCCACUGUUGAAACUCUACUAGUAACAAAGAUGGAUGACAUGGAGGCAUCAAUAGAAGAAGCUAUUACACGCGGUGAAAUCGAAAUCAAGACCGAAGCUCCAGAAGCAGACGAAGAUAUUCCGGAUCCUUUCGGAAACGUAAAACCGCCUGCUGAUGGCAGAUAUUGUAUACUGUGUGAAGACGACGAAAGUAAAAAUCCCUCCUGUAAAUUAUAUGUCUUCCCACGAAAAGUCCCAAAAAUCUAUCGGAAAUGGAUGCAAGCUGCUGGUUUGGUUGCAGAUCAUUACAAAAAUCACGACAUAUACAGUUGCCAGCGGCACUUUCCUGAGAACGGGUUUUUUGCCGACGGGAAAUUUGUCCAAAGUUGGGCUACUCCAAGUUUGAACUUGCCUGACAGAAAGAAGGAGAUUAAAGCCUCAGUAUCAAAGGCACCUUCGGCAACUAUUGUUCUUGACUCCAAAGCAGGUCCAUCCGCUAGCAAACCUACGUCUCCAAGAGCGAAGGUUCUUAUUAAAUCAAACCCUGCGAACAGGAAAAACGCAGAAGCACUAAACAUUGAUCCCGAUAGCUAUGCGCAAACAUUCGCGAAAGUUGUGAUGGAGCUGAUGCCAAAAACAAUCAAUUAUAACGGAGAAGAUCGUCCAGUAACCGGAACGAUUGUAUUUCAGUCUAACCUAUUCUAAGAUCAAUGCUUUAUCAGUGAAUCAGACUUGAAAACCGGAGUAUGAACAUAUUAAAUCUUAAAUAUAAACAAUAAA